CAGUGUUAUAUUAUGUUGUCUUACAGUAUAUACAUUAAUAUGGUGGUAUAUGUACUGAACCACAAUGAUGCUGUAAUGUAUCCGUCAUUAGAAGAUGUCUCAUAAGAUUUAAUUUCUCUCACGAGGAAUCCUUUCCAAAAACAGACAAUAUGAAUGAUAACCAAUGUCCAUUAUUCCCUCACCAACAUUUUAACAUGAGUAUUUGACCCCAGCAUGCUUGUUGUGUAUUACUGUCCCGUAAAGUUUGGCUCAUAUGCACGUACACAUUUUCCAUUUUGAUGGAAGCAAUUAUCAUCAUGUCCAAACACUUAGUAUACAUCUAAUUGUUACAAUCCAGUUCUUCUUGAUGCUUACCUUUUUUGUCAUGAAUUUUACAGUGACAGGUUUUGGUGUAGACUUGUUUUCAUGAAGCUGCUUGUGGUUUCUCUUAUUUGGCUAAGUGACCUGGACCAUGAUUUAGACAUGUUUCCUAUCUAUCUCUCUCCGGUUACAAACAGAUAAGCUUGGCAUUGAUUGUGUGUUCUGGAUAUCAGAAAACUGCAAAAUGAAUCCUGGAUAUUGUUUUCUGGAUCAACAUGCACUUGGAUACCACAUGAGUGAGGUGGAAUUGUGAAGUGUUGAAUCAAACUUUAGCAACAUGAAGUAGAAUGUUGUUUUAUUUAGUGACUUCCUAAAUUUGUAUUUUUAACUGUUUCAUAGCUCAGAAAGAUAAAGAAAGUUAAGUGAUUGGCCUUUUUAGUUAUCAUGCUUGUAUUAACAGCUUUAUUUUAUGUUAUGCUGUUUUUUGCUAUACAGUAAUCACUAUCAUAACCAUUUUUAUUUGGUCUGGGAUUCGGUAACUUUUCAGACAAUAAAAUAAGAUAGGCCUACAAAGCCACUAUACUUCAGGUCAUAAUGUUUUUAAUGUUGCUAUUGGAUUAACAAAGCCAGUCUAAAAAACAUAUUGCUUGAAUGCUAUGUUCACAGUUUUACUUUGAGUCCUUUUUUUCUUUAAUGAGCUGAAGUAUGUUAACAUGGAAGCAAAAAAGUUAGUCAUUUCAGGUAUCAUAAAUCAUAAAUGCAUCCAUUGCCUUUUUAAAACAGAUAUGGAACAAACAAUAGGCUGUUAUUUGUUGGGUUUGUUUUAGAUAUAUUGAGUGCAAUAAAUGUUUAUUAUGCAUAAUGUAUAUUUCAAUAACAAUUAUUAGCUUGUCGGUGUUUUUGUCAAACCAUCCUCACGGUGGCGCAAUAGACCAGUUUUCAAAUGAAACAGAUUACACCCUUUUUCUUUUACGUUGGACUGACGUUCAGUUCUGACGUUAGUGAUUUUGUAGACCACAUUGUAUCAUUCUGCAGCGUGUUAGGAGCCAUGAUGGAUUCCAAAACGGCUUUCUUUCACUUGCACACCUUUUAUUAUCUCCUCCUUUUGUUACAUUCCUCAUAUGGAGACGUGAGCUUUUCCUUCCCCGAGGAGAUGAAACGAGGAUCUGUUAUUGGGAAUUUAGCCAAGGAUCUCGGACUGGAGGCGAGCGCGCUGUCGGCCAGGAAAGCCCGCAUUGACGCGGAGGGGAGCGGUAAACGUUAUUGUGAUCUAAACGUGAAAAGCGGAGAGCUGGUUGUAGCCGACAGGAUUGACAGAGAGGGUCUUUGUGGAGACAAGGCUUCGUGUGUCCUAAAACAUGAGCUGGUACUGCAGAAUCCUUUGGAGCUUCAUCGAAUUAACCUGCACAUUCAAGAUGUUAAUGAUAAUGCACCAUUGUUUAAAGACAACGUGAUUCAUUUGGAGAUACAUGAGUUGGCCACCAAAGGAGCUCGUUUUGCUAUAGAAGAGGCGCACGAUGCGGAUAUAGGACAAAAUUCUGUCCAAAAAUACAGCUUGAAAAAGAAUGAUAAUUUCAUUGUUGCUGUCAAUGGUAACACAAUAGAGCUUGUUCUUGAUAAAGAGCUCGACCGUGAAAAGCAAAGUGAGAUGAAUUUGCUUCUCACGGCUUUAGAUGGCGGCUCUCCUCAGAGAUCAGGUACAGUAGUCAUACACGUCACUGUGCUGGAUGCUAAUGAUAACGCCCCAGUGUUCAGUCAGGCUGUUUAUAAAGCCAGUCUACCUGAAAACUCUCCUCCAGAUACAAUAGUGAUUCAUGUUAGUGCUACUGAUGCUGAUGAAGGACUGAAUGGGGAAGUGACGUAUGACUUUGGCCAUGUUACUGAAGAUGUGGAGAAAAUAUUCAGUAUUGAUCGUAAAGUUGGUGAAAUAAGAGUGAUUGGCACAGCUGAUUAUGAAACGACCACAUCAUAUGAAAUCCGUGUGAAAGCCAAAGAUGGAUUAGGAUUGUCUUCUUAUGCCAAGGUGAUUAUUUCCAUCACUGAUGUAAACGACAAUGCCCCAAUGAUCCAAUUAGAAUCCCUGUCUAAUCCAGUACCAGAGAAUGUACCACCCGGUACUGAGGUGGGCAUCAUUAAUGUCCAGGACAGAGACUCUGAGAAGAACGGACAGGUCCACUGCUCCAUUCAACAAAACGUCCCCUUCAAGUUAGUUCCUUCUAUUAAAAACUAUUAUUCUCUGGUGACUACUGGACAACUGGACCGUGAACUAGUGUCUGAUUACAACAUUACAAUCAGUGCUACUGAUGAGGGCUCUCCUCCUCUGUCCUCCUCUAAAAUGAUCCACUUAUCUGUAGCAGACAUCAACGACAACCCACCUGUGUUUGAGGAACAGUCCUACAGUGCAUAUGUGAGUGAAAAUAACAAAGCCGGCUCCACUUUAUGUUCCGUUAGUGCUCAAGACCCCGACUGGAGACAGAACGGUACCGUGAUUUAUUCUCUGUUAGCCGCCGAGGUGAACGGUGCCCCGGUGUCUUCCUAUGUUUCCGUUAAUGGAGACACUGGAGUGAUCCAUGCUGUCAGGUCUUUGGAUUACGAACACCUGAGGAGCUUUAAAGUCCACGUCAUGGCCAGAGACAAUGGUUCUCCUCCUCUGAGCAGCAACGUGAGCGUCAGUGUGUUCAUAUCGGACGUGAACGACAACUCUCCUCAGAUACUGUACCCCUCCCCAGAGGGCAACUCCUUCAUGACCGAGCUGGUCCCCAAAGCUGCACACGGAGGCUCUGUGGUGUCCAAAGUGAUAGCGGUGGAUGCAGACUCCGGACAGAACGCCUGGCUGUCCUAUCAUAUAGUCAAGUCCACGGAUCCGGGACUUUUCACCAUCGGUCUCCACAGUGGAGAGAUCAGGACCCAGCGGGACAUUUCUGAAUCUGACAGCAUGAAACAGAACCUGAUUGUGGCAGUGAAAGAUAACGGACAGCCCCCUCUCUCUGCCACCUGCUCCAUGUAUUUACUUAUUUCUGAUAACUUGGCUGAGGUGCCAGAACUGAAGGACAUUUCUUAUGACGAGAAGAAUUCCAAACUGACGUCUUAUCUGAUCAUCGCGCUGGUGUCUGUGUCCACCUUCUUUCUCACCUUCAUCAUCGUCGUCCUGGGUGUGAGGUUUUGUCGCAGGAGAAAGCCCAGACUGUUGUUUGAUGGAGCAGUUGCCAUCCCCAGCGCGUAUCUCCCUCCUAAUUACGCAGAUGUUGACGGCACAGGAACUUUACGCAGCAGCUACAACUAUGACGCCUACUUGACAACAGGUUCUAGAACCAGUGACUUUAAGUUUGUGUCUUCUUACAAUGACAACACACUGCCUGCCGACCAGACUCUGAGGAAAAGUCCGUCUGACUUUGAUGAGAUGUUUGGAGAUGCUGAAGGCUCCCCUGAGGUAUGA